AUGUCCGCUACACAUGCGACGCUGGGCGCAGCAGCAGAUGAGCGCAAAGCCCGAUUAGCAAAGCUCAAGUCAUUGAAGCGCAAACAGCCUGGUGACGAGAUCGUUGCUCCAGAGUCAACACGUUCACCAUCACCACCUGCCGAACCAGAUGUCGCAAAACUACAUCUCUCCGGCCGAAAUUACGAUGCGGAAGCCAAAGGUCCCAAGCUAGGUUUCGAGGCUCCUCCUACACUUGCGCUGGAAAAAACCCUGGAACAACAGGCAAAAGAGGUUGAGGAGGAGAUCAGGAAAAAGGCGGAGGAGGACGAACAGGAUGAUAAAGGCGUGGAUCUAUUCAAGUUGCAACCCAAGAAACCUAAUUGGGACUUGAAGAGGGAUCUUGAGAAGAAACUUGAUGUGCUGAAUGUUCGGACGGAGAAUGCGAUUGCGCGGAUGGUUAGGGAAAGGAUUGAAGGUGCACAAAAGAUUGCAAAGUCAAAAGCAGGAAAUGGUGCUAUUACUGCAAGUGAGGGCGGUGAGGAAAUGGGAAUGGAUGGUGUUGCUCUUGUGGAGGGUGUCAAAUUAAGAGAGAGGGAAGAGGAGGAAGAGGAGCAACGUGAGAAGGAAGAUAUGGAAAUGCAAUAG